AUGAAUGAGGAGGAGUACGUAGGAGUAGUAGUUGAAGGAAGGCAUGUAUCCUCCCUUCAGUUCGAGUUAGUAAAUGACCACCUGACAACACCUGAGAACGGCAAACUACAACCUGGAUGUCCCAGUGGCCCUGUGUCCCGUAGCCUGAUUUACUACAGACUCAAACAUCAAUGGAGGCAAACACAAAGACCACACAGGGCGUGGCGGAUGCCAUGGGUGGGUCUGAGGCGUGGUGGAUAUAUAAAAGGUGGAGUGUUUGCUGGCAGCCACACUCGCUCCUGUCGAUCUGCCAGAGCCUCAUCAAUCAUGAAGUUCCUGCUCGCCCUCCUGGUGGUGGCCUCCGCGGCGGCUGUGGCGCUGGCCGGCUAUGGUGGCUAUGGCGGUUAUGGCGGCUAUGGAGGAGGUCAUGGCGGUGGCUACGGUGGCGGCUACGGUGGCGGCUAUGGAUAUGGCGGAGGCCGCGGCGGUGGCUACGGGCAUGGUGGCUACGGCGUGGGCGGCGUCUCCAACAAUGUCUACAACCUGUACCGCGGCUACGGUGGCUACGGAUAUGGUGGCGGCCAUGGCGGUGGUUAUGGCGGUGGUUAUGGUGGAGGCUAUGGCGGCGGCUACGGCGGCGGCUAUGGUGGAGGCUAUGGUGGCGGCUAUGGCGGUGGAUAUGGAUACGGGAAGUAAGCGGAGAGGACGAGGAGAGAACCUCGACUGAGGAGCAACGAGAACCGAGCCAGUGUGUUGUACAGAGACACUCACCGAAUAAACGAGAAACAACA